CAUUAUGAUUUUCGCUCACCUCUAGAAAAUUUUUGUGGCAUUUUUAGAGUGGUGGCGUCGAAUUGUUCACAAUUAGUAGUAAAUUAACAAUAAAGAGAGGAAAACUAAAAUGCUUAGCCGAAAGCGCCGGGCGAGCAGCAUCUCCAGCCGGCAGGAUGAGGAUCCGCUGCAGUUGGACGACUCCACGCCGGAGCAGUCGCCGGUGCAGCAGACGACGACACAAUCGGCGCGAAAAAAACGCCGCCUUGACCCCGCAGAGCUCUGUCAACAACUCUACGACUCCAUACGAAACAUUAAAAAGGAGGACGGGUCUAUGCUGUGCGACACGUUUAUCCGGGCUCCAAAGCGACGUCAAGAGCCCUCCUACUAUGAAGUAGUAGAGAAUCCUAUUGAUUUGCUGAAGGUGCAGCAAAAGCUGAAGACAGAUUCCUACGACGAUCUGGACGAUUUGAUGGCCGACUUGGCGUUGCUAAUUGGUAACGCCAAGGCUUUUUACAAGCAAGAAAGUAUGGAGCAUCAAGAUGCAGUGUCUCUGUGGCAGCACAUACAGUCCCAGCGACAGCGCAUCCUAGAAGCUAACGGACUGGCAGAGGAGGAACCGCGUUCCAAACGCAUCUCGCGGCAGGUGCGCAGGUUAACCAGCAGCGUGGAGCCAGGAGGAGAUGGAGACGACGAGUGUAACCAGUAUGAGGAGCUCUUUGCUUCUGUGAUGACAGCCACAGAUCCGAUGGGAGACCGCGCUAUGCAUCGUAUGUUUCAGCUGUUGCCCUCUAAAAAGAUCUAUCCGGAUUACUACGAUGUGAUCGAGCAUCCCAUUGACUUGCGUCUUAUUGCAACGAAGAUUCAAAUGAACGCCUACUCCUCACUCGUGGAGAUGGAGCGGGAUCUGCUGCAAAUGACCAAAAACGCGUGCCUCUUCAACGAGCCUGGUUCGCAGAUCUACAAGGACGCGAAGGCACUGAAGCGCAUAUUUACGCAAAGGCGUAUAGAACUAGAGUCGGGAAAAGGAAAAAUGUCAAGAAGAAUCAAAAGCCUGACUAGUGCUGCCAUUGCAGCUCUUAAAGAAGAAGUAGACAGUUCGGAUGACGAGGAGACGAGUAAAAAGGGCGAGGGUCCUAUGUGGGCGCUCUUCGAUCAUCUGUACAACGCUCCGGGUACUUCGGAGCAUCCUGGAGUUACCGGCCCACCUCUGGGAAACUCCCUUUGGAAGUUGCCAGUGCGCCGCUUCCAUCCCGAAUACUUCGAGCUGAUCAAGCGACCAAUCUCUAUGAGUCAAAUCCAUACCAAACUGAAAAAGGGCGACUACGCGAAUAUUAGUGAUCUCACUGCCGAUCUGUAUCUCAUGCUGGAUAACGCCAAAAAGGCAUUUCCUUCAUCCCAUAGAACCCACAAGGACGCUAUAAAGAUGCUGAAGCUAAUGAAUGCCAAGCUGGUGGAGGAGUCGCUGGAAGAAACCAGCGACAUGGACGAAGACGAGGUAGAUGAGCUAGAAGCGGAAAUCUUCACCACCGUGCAGCCGGAGAAACGGAAACCGGGUAGACCCCGCAUAAACUCUAACUCUAACUCGAAUGCGUCCCAUACGACAAACAACUCGAACUCACCAAAGUCCAAUCGCAUCGCCAUCAACGCGGCUAUCAAAAAGAAAAUCCUAAGCAUACAGAAAUACCUGGUGGAUUAUUCGGUGGGCAAUCGUCGGCCCAUUGAAAUGUUCAUGGAAAAGCCACCUAGAAAGAUCUACCCCGAUUACUACGAUAUUAUUCAGAGUCCCAUCGAUAUGAACACCAUCGAGCACAACAUACGCACAGAUCGCUAUGCCACCGUGGAGGAUGUGGUGUCUGACUAUCGUCUAAUGUUCUCCAACUGCCGGCAGUACAACGAAGAGGGUUCCAAUAUAUACGAAGAUGCCAACACUCUGGAAAGGGCUCUGAACGAUAAGCUCAAGGAGUUCCCUGGAUUGGUGGAGGUGAAAAAACCCCUGCAGAAGUACAGCAAAGUCGGGAGGAAGCCGAAAGCUGCCUUGAUCACAGAUCGACUGUGGCAGUUUUACGAAACUGUCAGAGAAUACCAGGAGCCAAAGGGAAAGAGGCAGCUGUCACUGAUCUUUACCAAGUUGCCAUCCAAAAUAGAAUACCCAGACUACUAUGACAUCAUAAAGGACCCUAUAGACAUGGAGCGCAUAGCUCAGAAACUGAAACAGGGAGCCUACGAAAGUUUGGAUGACCUGGCUGCGGAUUUUCUUCUGAUGCUGGAGAACGCAUGCAAAUACAACGAACCCGAUUCGCAAAUAUACAAGGACGCACUGGUACUGCAGCAGUUAACUUUGCAGCUGAAGCAACAGCUGCGCCCGGAAAGAGACUCGCUUCCAGAUGUCCCGUUGGCUGUUCAGGAAUUGUUUCUCACUCUUUUCACUACUCUGUACAAUCAUCAAGAUGAGGAGGGUCGCUGCUACUCCGAUUCUCUGGCGGAGUUGCCGGAAUAUGAUGAACAGGGUGAUGCGCCGAAGGUUCGGGGGAUUUCUCUUGAUUUAGUAAAGCGCCGAUUGGACAAAGGUGCGUACAAACGGUUGGACACCUACCAGGAGGAUAUUUUCGCAUGCCUAGAGCGGGCACGAAAAUUAUCGCGUACGGAUUCUGAUAUAUUCCAGGACUCCAUUGAGCUGCAGACUUACUUCAUUCGCAAAAGGGACGAGCUUUGCAAAGACACCUUAAGUUCGCCUGCGCUUAGUUUUUCUUUGGAGCGCCUGCUGGCCGAUGUUGAGGUGAUGCGUCAACAAAAAGCCCAACAGGAGGAACAGGAUCAGGAGCAGGACAAGGAGAAAGACGAGUUUAACGCUGCUAAGGGCGAGAGCAUGACAAUCAAUCAGCAAGUCUUCUCCCCCGGUGACUAUGUGUAUGUACAAAUGCCGGAACAUAAAAUCCCCUCCAUAGCCUGCAUCGAGCGACUCUGGACAUCGCCCACAAACGAAAAACUGAUGCAAGGCUCCAUAUUUGUCCGACCGCACGAGACCUACCACGUAACGACCCGAAAGUUCCUGGAAAAGGAGGUGUUCAAAACCAGUAUCUCGCAGACCAUAUCGAUGGACAAGGUUUUGGGCAUGUGCUGUGUGAUGCAUAUCAAAGAAUACAUUAAGAUGCGACCGGACAGACUUCCCGAGAAGGACGUAUUUGUUUGCGAGUCGCGUUACAACAUCCAGGGUCGUUGCUUUAAGAAGCUCAAAAACUGGCCACCGGCUCGGGAGGGAAGCUCAGUAAAAUUUGUGCCGCGGGAGCAACCACUGGAGCUUAAGCGGGUCAUGUCCGUGUUCAAGGAGCGCAUCGAGAAGCACAAGGGUGAGCUUGAGGAGCUAAAGCUUCAGGAGACUUUAGUCGAAAAGGAGAAACCAAAUGUUUCCUGCGACCCCCCACCUAACGCGGAAGCAAACAGCACCUACUACCAGCAAUAUAACACCGUCUGCAGCGGGGCGAUAAAAACAGGUGACUUUGUUUACGUCGCCACCCAGACCGGCAAACAGUCGGUGGCUCAGGUCCAGCAGAUAUGGGAACAGAAUGGCAAGUCCUACUUCAAAGGUCCUUGGCUGCUGCCGCCCAGCGAAGUCACGUUUGGACUGGCAAAGCAAUUCUUCCGCCAGGAACUACUACUAGGCACCGUGGAGGAAGUUAGUCCAGUUGUUGGCAUCGUAGGACGAUGUGCCGUGCUAGAGUAUGGCGAGUUUAUUACCUCAAGGCCCACAGAGAUUCCCGAAAGCGACGUAUACAUUUGCGAAUCGGUCUACGAUGAAGUGAAGAAGGCUAUUCGUAAAUUGGUAGUCGGCAAUAUGCGGAAAUUCCAGCACAGUCCGGCAGUUACCGAGGAUGAGGUGUUCUUCUUUAAAACCCCCAUUAAACCGGGCAAGGACGUGAAGAACGAGUUAAAUGAGCUGAGCAUGCUUGAGGACUCGAUGGACGGCGAUACACCAUCGCUGAGUUCGGACAUUGCAGCCAUGUCGUCACCCGCUCCGUCGGUCAACUCCACGCCCCUUACAUCUAAGAUAAAAGCAGCCAAGGCAGCCAAGAAGUGUCUCACUGGCUAUAUUUUGUACUCCAGCGAAGUACGAAAAAGCAUAUGCCAGAGCAAUCCUGACGCCUCUUUUGGGGACAUUUCUCGGAUGGUGGGCACCGAGUGGAAGAAUCUCCCCUCCAGCGUCAAGCAGACCUGGGAGGAUCGAGCCAGCAAGCAGAAUGAAGAGACGGCGGCCAUGCGUCGCGAAAUGGAUGGUGAAAUCCAAAACAGCGCCAGUCCUUCGCCGCAGGUAUUGCACGACACCUCCGGACACGGACUAACCUUCGAAUGCCAGUGGGACAAGUGCGACUUCCAGUUCGAGGAGAUGGCCGAUUGUGUGGAGCACUGCCUGUCCGACACCACGGGUCACAUACAGAGGCAUCCACAGGCAGGCAUGGAUUUUGAGUACGUUUGUUUGUGGCGCAACUGUCCGCGUAUAAAGAAAUCCACGCAGGCUUUUCCUAAUGUCCUGCGGCUAAUCAAGCACGUGCGCGAAGUUCAUCUGAGCAAGUGUGGCAAGACUUUGGGACCGGGUGAGAGGAGCAAAAACUACAUACCGCGCCGCCAAACACGCGGCCCAUUGGCCACCGCUAUGCCCCUCGCGUCCAGUAACUCGCCCCGUAAUCUCGACGCAGUGCACCUCCAACAGCAUCAGCAUGUACUUCAUCAACCGGUGCAUCAACACCAGCUGCAGCAACAGACCAUUGUUCUGGGCCCGCCGCCUGAGCCGCUGUUUGUCACCGUGCCACCACGAACCACUCGAGUCAUCCACUCCGAGGCGUACAUUAAGUACAUCGAAAGCUUGCAGACCGGUAGCCACCUUAAUGUGGCCACCUGCAAUAACAGUUGGCGGCGGGCGCUGACCCACGUCACUCCGGCGCAAGUGGUGGCCAAAAACCCUCUGCCCGAGCACUGGCUGGGACCCAACCUUCGAGACCAAGGAAACGUGGUGCAGGCUCUGUGCCAUCUGCGAAACUUCAUGCUAGACGACGUACUGCAAAUCCGACGCAGUUGCAAUUAGGCAAUACACCCAAUAAUUAACCCCAAAGCGUUUCAAGUUAAUGUAAUAAAAUAACAGAAACAUAAAUAACGUGUGAGAAUUGUAAUUCAUAUUUGUUAAGAUCCUUAGUUCCAGUAUGAUGUGUACUUUUAUUCAAAAUGUAUCAAGUUUUAAAGUAAAACCUCCAAUCCCUUUUUUAAAAAA